AUGGUUGUAACCAUGCUAUUUGUGACAACAGGGGUUGCAGCCGACUCUCCAACCAUUGUCACUGGAUCUAAAAGCUCUGAGCUCAAGGAGGUCAUACCAGGGGAACCUUCAAGCAAAGCAAUCUACUGCUUCUUGCAUGCUCUCAGCCGUAAUCAAAGCCGUGAUAAUGUCGCACUCCCUGCUGAAAAGCGUCGUGUCUUUCUUGCGUAUCGCAGUUUGUUUUCAGGCGAUAAUGCCAACCUUCGGCAGGCCAAGAAGAUCCGGAAGCUAGUACAAAAACAUUCAGGUUCGUUUGGAGCUCUUAUCAAGGAUUUUGGAUCCGACAAGACCGUGGAUAUACUCAAGACACUCCUAGAAGUUCGUGUUUUCGAAUCAGAUAUCCAAGCAAAGAUUACGUUUCCAGAUCUCUUUCAAACUACGCUAUCCCGAAGUGUUCAACGGGCCGCAUCCGUAAAUGAGGUGGCACGUUCUGAAGCAGAGGCUCUGGAAGAACUGGUGUUAGGAGGUAGAAUAAAUGAGUUUGACGAAGAUGCGGAUGUGGAAAGAGUUGCCUACGCAGACGCUAUUGCUACUUAA